AUGCCUGGAUGGCUACGCCACAUUGACCUCAAUUCAAUUCACCGUAACAACCCAUCCUCAGAAAACUUGAGCAUAUACCCAUACAAAGCAAAGAAUGAUGCGCCUUACUCCAUUGCGGAACAUACUCUCCGGGCUGCAAUUCACAUUCCUAGAUCAUUCUCACACAAACAGGACAAGAAAAUACCGGUGCUUCUGGUACCAGGAACCGCUGUUCCUGCGGUCAUAGUCUUCUAUUUCAACUUUGGUAAGUUGAGUAGAGCCUUACCCGAAAGUGAGCUAGUCGCCUAUGCGCUCAAUUAUGUUUCGGCCUUGACAUCAUCUAAGAUUGCAGUGAUUUCUUGGUCCCAAAGUGCACUGGAUAUUCAGUGGGCACUGAAGUACUGGCCAUCUACCCGAAACGUAGUAAGCGACUUCAUCGCUAUCAGCCCCGACUUCCAUGGGAUAAUACUCAAGUGGCUGGCAUGCCUGUUAUUGGAUAAGCUAGCAUGUACUCCUUCGAUUUGGCAGCAAGGGUGGGAUGCAAACUUUAUACAGGUCUUGCGGAGCAAAGGGGGAGACUCUGCGUAUGUUCCCACGACCACCAUUUACUCUUCAUUCGACAAGGUUGUGAGACCCCUGAGUGGGGAAAAUGCUUCCGCUCGGCUACUGGACCACAAGGGGGCGGGCGUGUCCAAUAACCAGUUACAGACCAUCUGCGCAAAUAUGACCGCUGGUGGCCUCUAUACGCAUGAAGGCGUGUUAUACAACCCUCUUGCAUGGGCCCUUACCGUUGACGCACUCCGUCACGAUGGGCCUGGCAAUAUUACGCGAAUCGAUACCCAGAAGGUCUGUGAACCAGUGCUUCCGCCAUAUCUCGAAUUGGCUGAUAUGCUGGGAGGAUAG